CAAGCAGGGCUGAGCAUAUGACGGAGGAGAAUCCUCACAAUUCCCGAGGACUGGAAGUGGCGGGUUUUGGUGUCUUUGGAAGAAGCUGAAGGAAGAUGAUAGUCUAGAUUCAUAUAAAGAUACCUGGAUAAAAAAGAAAUUAUUAAACACCUUAUGUUAAUAUUAUUGGAUAGGCCUUCUAGUGAAUGAAUGCCUUCAGUUUACAUUGACGGAUAUCACUAUGCUAGUCAUCACUACUGCAAUCCCAUAGUAUAUGACUGUAUAAGCACCUAAACAUGUUAAGGACAGUCAAGAAAAGCAUAAAAAGCCCGGUGCAAGAUGAAGACUUUAUGGCUGAAAUGACAGUUCAGAGAAAUGCAAAUGCAUUCUUUGACAAAUUUAAUCGAAGUGAAUUACAAGAACUUUUGGCCCAUACUAUGUCCAGCUGGCUUGUGUCUGUGGAUGAUGCUCAACUACCACUCCAACUUCCCAGUGGUUUGAUAACUCAGCUGAAAAAUAUCACCUAUCCAAAUGUUCUUCUCUUAGUUCCAAUUGACAAUGAUAUCCCAUUGGACUGUCGCGAGGUUCACCAGAUACUAAGGGAGCUUGUUUUUGGAAUUUAUUGCUUUCAUCAAGUGCCAUCAAUCUCUCUUGAUGCCAACUAUGACAGCAGUACAUCAUGCCAGUUACCCCCUGCAUACUUCGACACAAGAGUUGGGCAAAUAAUGAUCAGCGUGGAUUACAUGAUAAAAGCUCUAUGGCAUGGUGCCUAUAUGUCAAAAGACAAAAGGACAAGAUUCUUGGAAUUUUGGAGAUCUGUCAUGGACAUUGAUGCAAAUGGACUUCCUCAGACUAAGAAAGACAUUUUUUCAGAGUUCUCUUUAGCAGGUCUAAUCGAUAUUUCCAGUGAUCCAGACUUCGAUGGUAUAUACUCACAGAGCUUUGACUUGGACCCCACUUAUGAGCCAAAUAAACAAGAAGAGAAAAAUUUCUUUAUGCGGCAUGCAAACAAAGUGACAAUAAAGAUGACCUGCUCUACUGUCCAGGUGCAGCAGUACAAUAACUUGUUUGUAUAUGAUGCCUCAUACACGUUGUCUAAUGUAAUAAGGCUGACAGAGGAGUAUAUGGACUCUGUAACACAUCAGCAGCUCCGACAGAGGCUCACUAUUCAUCGGAAGCUUGUGGAAGAAAAUCUAGAGAAGAAAGCAGAAAUACGCAAAAACAUUGCCUACCUCAAACUCAUCAGUUUUCUUGUGCCAUUUCUGCUGGGGUUGAAAAAGAAGAUGAAAGUGCCAGAUUUUAGUCGCCUGCUACAACCAUUUUCUGAUGAUAAAGUAAAGACUGAGCGUGAAUUUCCUCCACUAAUGCAGGGGCAAGAUUUUAAGUGCCAGCAUUUUCAGUAUACAUCAAAUGAGUAUUUUCACCUUCAUGGAGGUAUCGAAUUUGACCUAGGAACACCGCCUCUUCAAAGUGUGUCCGAAGAAAUAAAGGAGGCUUAUGAAGACAUGCUGGUCAUGGCAACAAAGCACAUGAAUGACCUGCUUGAUCUCGAUACAACAUACAGGGAACAUUAUCCCCUUCCUAUAAAGAAUGUUAAUGGAAAGAGUUACAAUGUAAUUGCAAUCCAGCUUGAAGACUUUUAUCAAACAAUGCAAAAAAAGCAGUGGUGGGGAGCAGUCAAUGGAAUAAUAAGCACACUGAGGCCCAAAAGGCUUCCACUAACAGAUAUCCAUCUCCAUGAGCAACUGAAGAAAAGGUUUGGCUAUAAAAAGGCAAUAAAGUGCAAGAACAUAUCAUUUGGAAUAAAAGCUGCUGCAGAGAGAGGACUAACUGCCAUCUUUUACACUUUUUGCCGUAAAACUCCCAUUUCUGGGCUGAAUAUUCUUGAUGAUGCCGGCUAUUCUAUUUUACACCACGCUGCUUUACAUAAUAGAGUUGCAGUUGUUUCUCAGUUAUCAAAAGCUGGUGUGGAUUUAAACCAACAACAAAGUAGUAAUUUUGCUACACAAGGGAAGAUGAGCCUCCAGAAUCUGGAAACGGUCAUUGAAAAAACAGGACCGACUGCAUUACACUUGGCAGCUCAGUGUGGCUCCCUUGAAGUUCUAUCCUGCCUGCUGGCAUUAAAUUCAGAUUACAAGUUAUGUAACAAACGAGGCUGGAUGGCUAUACAUGUUGCUGCAUUCUUUGGCACAAUUCCUUGCAUCAGAGCGUUAUACAAGAAAGACCCUGAUCUUCUAGAGGCAGAAACGGCAGCUGAGUACAAGACUACUGUAUUGCUGCUCACUGCAAUAUCUGGAACCCUUGAUGCCCUCAUAUAUCUUCUAUCAUUAGGGGCAAACUGGAAAAAAACGGACAGCAUGGAAAACAACAUAAUCCAUUUAGCUGUGCUUUACUUUCAUACUCACAUACUGAAAUACAUAAUAGAACUAAAUAUUCCAGAACUGAAUGUAUGGCAGCAUCUUGUAGAAAUGUUGAAAUCUAAUGAUUCUCACAGAAAGGAAAUGGCUGCCAGAUGCUUGGAAGUUCUUUGCAUUUUAAAAGAACAAUUCUGGAAGGACUGUUAUGAAGCAGGAACAGUUCCUUGCCUCGUCAACCUAUUGAAAAGUAAGCAAGUUAAUCUGGAAUGUAUAGCUGCAGGGAUUUUAAGCAAUAUCUCCAUUAACGUUCCUGUUGCAAAGUGUCUAGUGGAGGCAGAAGCCAUACCCAUACUUAUUACAUUGCUGCACUCCAAAUAUCCUGAGCUUCAGUCCCGAUGUUCGGUGAUUUUAUAUGAUAUUGCCCAGGUCGAUGGUAAUCAAGACAGCAUUGCACAAAUGAAUGGAAUCUCACCUUUGGUUAAUCUGCUGUAUGAAGAUUUUGAAGAUGUAUUGGUAAAUGCUAUUAACUGCAUCCGAGCCUUAUGCAUUAAAAACCCAGCCAACCAGAAGGCUGUCAAAGAUUUUGGAGGCAUUCCACUACUUGUAGACUUUCUAUCUGCUAAAUCUGACGUGCUGAUAAGCGCAUCUUCAGCUGCUAUUGCAGAGCUUGCUCGAGGAAACAAAGAGCUCCAGGAUGCUAUAGCAAAGGAGAAUGCAAUUGUUCCUCUUAUUAAUAUAAUAAGACUAAAGAAACUCAGUAACCAGGUGAAGGCUGCCAUGGCUAUAGAAGCACUUGCGGAUCAUAAUGCUGCUAUACAAAGAGAGUUUCUGGAUAGAGAGACAUCAAGGCACAUAUCAAAGCUCCUCAAGGUUUUUUGUCUAGAGAUCAAAGAACAAGGCUGCACGACACUUUGGGCAUUGGCUGGGCAGACAUGGAAACAUCAGAAAAAAAUGGCAGAACAGAUUGGCUAUACGUUUAUCAUUGACAUGCUCUUAUUACCUUCUGACAAGAUGCAAUAUGUUGGUGGUCAAGCUAUUAUAGCUUUAUGUAAAAAUAGCAAACAUCACCAAGACCAAAUAUGUGAAGGUAAUGGUGUUGGUCCUUUGGUGCGACUUUUGCGAAACCCCAGAGUAGCGGAGGGAACGCUUCUGAGCAUUGUUACAGCGCUGGGGACAAUGUGUGUUGGUGUAGCUCUUAUACAUAAUCCGGUCACGCAGGAGAAGAUAGUGGAGGAGCAAGCACUAACAACACUCGUUCAGCUUCUGAAAACUCACAGUUCUCUGAAAAUUAAGGUUGAAGCUGCUUGUACUAUAGCUUGUGUUGUCCUGAAAAAUUCUAGCCUGCAAAGUCUCUUGCAUGAAAAAGAAGGAUUUAAAUACAUUGAUGUUCUUAAUCUCCUCCAUGCCAAUGAUAAGGAUAUAUGUUUACGGGCUGGCCAUGCAUUAGCUCUUUUUGCUUACAACAAUACAUUACAGCAGUUCUAUCUUCUGCAAAAUGGAGGUGUGGAAAUAGCCAUCUAUGAACAUUUCCUUCAGUCUGAGAAUGAUGAAGACAAAGCAUAUGCUGCAUUCCAGAUUGUUGUUUUGUCCAGAAUUGUUGUGGACAUGGAUCAAGUCACACUUUCUGCUCAAGGUGUGACAAUAUUGUCGGAGCUCCUACAUGCAAAGAAGUCAGCCACAGUUGUACUAGCAGGGGAGUUGCUGGCUUGUUUGGCUCACACAAGGGCAGGCAUACCAGAAGCCAUAACUACGUUGGAAACUGUGGAGUGCCUUUGUAACCAUUUAAAGUCUGAAGAAGAAGAGGUUCGUGUAGCCUGUGCUGAUGCGCUGGGUUAUUUAUCAUUCAACCGUACUGCCUAUCGUCAACUUUUAAUGGAGUGCAGGAAUCAACCAGAACUGUAUGAUCUGCUCAUCAACAACCUCAGCAAAGAUGGAAAAAUCUCCAAAGACUUUAUAGAAGAAUUUGAUACUCAGAGGAAAAUAGGACUCCCCUCCCUCAGUUUAGUUAAAAACGGUGGCCCUCCUGUAUACCUAACAUCACUGAAAGGAAUCCAAGACGAUCCUGACUUAAAAUUUACACACCCGAGUAGGCGUUUCCAGUCUAAGUCUGCAAUGGUUCGCAUGCCACAGAAACCUGGGACAGCUGACCCUACCAGUGACAGAACCUCUGCUUCAGCCGUUACAAGACCCAAGACUGCUCACCUGGGAAAUGUGAAACCUUUUCAACAGAAGGCAUUCAAAUAAAAUACUUUUCAAUUAA